AUGGCCCUCCUAAUGAUACUCAAAGCCAUUGCUCUUGCGGCAAUCACUGCCACAUGCUAUGUAGUGAGUAUCAUAAUCUAUAGGGCAUGGCUCAGCCCACUGUCAAAGGUACCAGGCCCCAAGCUGGCGGCGAUGACGCAAGGCUAUGAGAUGUAUUUCGACUUGAUCAAACCAGCCCGUUUCCCAUGGCAGAUCAGGAAGCUCCACGAGCAAUAUGGCCCCAUAGUGCGCAUCUCUCCAGAAGAAGUCCAUAUCAACGACCCCGCCUAUGCAGAAAUCCAGUUCUCGUCGAGCAAUGCGGUCAAGCAAAAUAAAUAUGCACCGCAUCAACAUCAAUUCGGGAUGCCCGAGUCGACAUUCAAUACUAUCGAUGCCGAUCUGCACAAGGUUCGCCGUGGAGCACUGGCCCCAUUCUUCUCGAGACGCAGUAUCAAUACUCUCGAACCGAUGCUCGUGGAAAAAGUGAAUAAAACUUGCUCGCGCCUGCAACAAUUCAAAGAGAGUGGAGAGCCGGUCGACUUACGACUGUUAUUUUCUUGCAUGACCACCGAUAUCAUCACUGAUUACGCCUUCCCUCACUGUUUCGAUUUACUCUCCACUCCAGAUCUCGCCCCGGGAUGGAGAAACACCUUCACCGAAGGCCUGCGCAAUUUCCAAUGGUUCAAACAUUUCCCAUCGCUAUGGAAUGUGCUGCGAGGCAUGCCGGAUAGUAUGCUGCUUAAGCUGUCUCCUGAAAUGGCAGUAACCAAGGAAUGGGAGAACGGUAACCAAAAGCUUGUCCACGAGAUCGUUGACACGUUCGACCCGAUGCAGGAAACCAAAGCACACCCUACUAUUUUCCACGAACUUCUUGGAAGCGAUCUCCCUGAGCACGAGAAGAGCUACGAGAGACUUUGGCAGGAAGGAUCCGCACUGAUUGGCGCCGGAGUCGAAACCACCUCAAAUACUCUCAAUGUUGCCCUGUACUAUCUCUCGCAUAACCCCGAGAAGCUCAACCGCCUGAAGAAAGAGCUGGCAGAGAGCAUGCCUGACCGGACGCUAUUGGCGCCUUGGGCACAGCUCGAGAAGCUUCCGUACUUAACCGCCGUGAUAAAAGAAGCUCUCCGUGUGGCCUUUGGAACCACGUCCCGAUUCAUCCGCGUUGCCCCAGAAUCGACAUUGAGAUAUAAAGACUAUGUUUUCCCUCCCGGUACCGCAGUCUCAAUGAGUCCUAUGUUGUUAUGCGAGCACCCGGAACUCUACGAAAAUCCGAAGGUAUUCUCCCCCGAACGCUGGCUUGGGCAGAACAAUAGUGCAGACCUAUUUGUAUUUGGGCGUGGCCCACGGAUGUGCGCCGGGCAAAAUCUUGCAUUUGCUGAGUUGUAUCUUACACUUGCGGCCAUUGUACGACGAUUCGAUCUUGAUUUGUAUGAGACGGACAUUACGGAUAUCGAGGCUGUGUGUGAUGCAGUGAUGCCGUUGCCAAAAGCGGAGACCAAAGGAGUGAGAGUGAUGGUUUCAUGA